CUGAAUCUCGCAAAAAUCAGAGAAAGAGUUCAACAAAUGAAAAGUGUAUCGUUGACAAUCCGAGUCUAAUUAUAUGUGAGAGGAUUUGCCACAUUGUGUUACAAUGGAGUCAGACAACCAUCUUUCAAGCCAGUUGCAGUCAAAUACUAAGUGUAAUACAUCUGGAUAGUGGUAACAGAUCGAUGCACUAUUUAACCCAGAAAUGAGCAGAUUUCAUGAUACACUGGACAAUGUCAUUUACUCGUGUAAUACCUCCCUAGUAUUUGCCAACAUAGUAGAUUAGUUAUAUGCUUUGAAGGCUGAAGAUUCAGUCAACUUAGUAGAUUAGUUAUAUGCUUUGAACGCUGGAAAUUCAUUUCAGAUCAGAGUGUUUCUCACAGAAAUACAUUUCAUACUCAACAACUGAAACGACUCAUGCCAGUGGUGGACGGAUGGCUGAAAGUAUUGUACAACAAAAGCAAACUUCGAUUGUGACAAGGAAGACCACAAUGAAUAAAUUGCAAUUAAAGGCUUUAUUAGUGAGUUUUAACUAAUCAGAUUACGUGUAGGUGAUAAGGCUGAUGAGCCGGCAAUGCAUAAAUCACUGAAACUACCGGAAUUUUCGAAAAUGUCGGCAGUAGAAAUCUUCAACAUGGGUGAGCCUGAUCAGGAUGUAACUGCGGUUGCAAUACUGGCCAACGAUUUGUUCUUAGAGAAGGGCUUGUCACUCGAACAGCACAUGCCUCUCAUUCAAGAGCUGUUUAAGAAAACUGACGCUAAUGAGGUAGCGAGCGCAAACAUCGCGAAGCUACUACAACAGACCUGUCCAGAAAAUGUACUUGCGUAG